AUGACAGGAGCUUUGAAGUCAAGAACUACCAAAGAUAGCUUACCUCACAGAAGCACACAAUCCCAAUCCCAAUCAGAAGAACGUACUGAUCAAAGAAGCUCUAAGAAAAACCGUUCUCCCCCUCUAUCUCAUAAGGUGUCUUCAGGAGAUAUAAUAAGAAAAAGCCAUACACACGCCAACAACUUCCCUCCGCUUCCUUCUAGUACUUUCUUCAAUACUGGAACACAAGAGUCACAUUCGCGUCAGUCUUCAGCAAAUAAUAUGACCUCUUCACGACAACCUACUCAUCAACCAGAAGGACAUCAAAAGCGGAAUAUGCGCGAAGACGUUCGAGAUGCUUCCUCCAAGAAUAUUUAUAGCCAAACAAACAUGCCUGUUUUUACCGAAGGACUACUAGCAUCUGAUAAUAACACUACAUCACCACAAUAUGAGAAGCCAAAUACCCAAUAUCCUAGCAGGCCUAAUCCUCCACCUCAAAGUUAUGCUCAAGCUAGCAAAAAUGGAACAUAUUAUUCAGACCCUUCGAAACAAUUUGAAACUUUCAAUGACAUCCCAGAGUCAAUGGAAGGUGUCGAGAGUACUGCUAUACCAACAAGAAAAAUAACUUCUAUUUCCACUCCUACUACUAUUGAUACUUCUGCAAGUGAUCAACCCGAAGUACCUGACCGCAGCUACAACAGCCAUCCACCAGAACAUAAGUCAGAAAUGGCUGUUCAAACCAACCAUCAGCCGCGCCCAGACAAUUAUUACACAGAGAAUACAUACUCUUCUUCAUAUCCAAAUGACCGCGCUGUGACCAGUAAUUCACACAUUGAUACAUACCAUCAACAUGAAGGCUAUCCAAAGCGAUCAAAUAGUACAGACGAUCGUAGUUCCAGACUUUCUUUAUCAGAAAGUGUAAAAGAAAACGUGUCUUCCAGCGGACCAAUUUCCUAUUUUAAAAGCUGGAUAGGCUCCGGAAACAACAACCAACCUGCCAAUGGAAGCUCCAAAUUGUCUGAUCAAAAUACUGAGAAUUAUAUCCAAAGAAUCAAAGAUUUGGAGGAGGAGCUCAAAAAGACACAGAUGUCAUUGAAAACACAGAAAAAUAAGAAUUCAACUCUCGAAAACAAAGAGAGGAAGUAUUUGGACCAACUUUCCGCAGCAGCAAAUGAGUUACGUUCAAUGGAUAAUUCGUUUAAGACAUAUGCUAGCCAACUCACGACAGAGUUAAGCAAUACCAAAGAAGAACUCAGCAAGAAAAAAAUCGAGUACCAAGUCUUAUUCUCAGAGUUCCAUGAUAGUGUAAAGCGUAUCCGGGCAACUGAUGAUGAUCUCUCUACGAUACAACACCAGCUAAAUAAUAUACAAUCCAAGAUCUCAAACAUGAGCAUGAACCUCAAAAAAUAUUUGAGUCCAGAUAACGAAAAGGUCACGAAUUUCUUGCUUGGAUAUUGGAAAGACGAGCUUCCGGGAAUAAAGCAUUUUAUAAAAGAGAAAGACGGGAUCCAGUUCUUUGAAUACGGUAUUAUCAACUUGCUUGUGGAGAAGAUCGUCACUGAUACGCUUAUUCGUGAGAUUUACGACCCGCCAAUUUACUUUGGACUGCCUAUCAACUCAAUUUAUGCCAAUCUUUCUAACUGGGAACCGUUCAAAACAACUAAAGAUUGGUCCCUGCGCCUGAGGGAGCAGCUCUGUUUUCUCGCAGCAAGACCUGAAAUUGUCGAAAGUCUCAAGCAAGAGCGAAUGAUUCUUGCAAUCAGACUGGUGGAUAUUUUAUCUGAGAUUUUUGUCGGCUUUGGUCCUGAGGUUAAAAACAAGCUUAGUAAAAUUAUUGAAAUGGCCGCUCAGGUUAGUCUGGCUAUGCACAGUCAAGCUAUACCUGUCAAGUGUAAGAAGUUGGUUGAAGGAAGGGACAAGAUACAAGGAGGCAUGAGACAGCAAUAUGGAUCAGGUGAAGGUGAAACGACAAUCCAGGUUGUGGUCUGCCCGCCCUUUAUAGCAAAUGAAGGUCAAGAAACUGUGUGUACGUUAAUGGAGGCAAAAGUCAUCUGUGGGGAUUUUCCAAAUAUACCAAACGUGGAUUCCUCCGAUUUUGGUGACAUGAAAGAAAACCCCCCUGUUAGUAAUCAAGAUGAUAAAUCAGAAGUCUCGGCCGAGAGUAUUUAA